UAACAUCUUCUGCUGCAUGUCAAAGCCUGAACUGUCAAGAUCACUGGACUAUCAUCUGCUAUCACGCACAAUAAACUGUUUAAUAUGUAAGAUAUUACUUUCUCAUAAGAUAAAUUCAUGUAUAGUAUCUUAUGACUCAUAUAAAUUAGUCAGCGCCAGUCACUGACUAGCGCGGUACAUACCUUUGGAGCUGACGGACUGACGUCGUAUUCGAGUGCAAAUGACUACAUGUCAAAGUCAGUGAGCGGCGUACUUUAAGUGCACUUUCUACCGGUGGAGCUGGAUUUCCUCCGAUCGAAUAAAAAAUGUUGGCUCUUAUUAAUCGAAUUUUGGAUUGGUUUAAAUCCCUCUUUUGGAAAGAAGAGAUGGAACUCACCCUUGUUGGCUUGCAAUAUAGUGGAAAAACCACUUUCGUGAAUGUUAUAGCGUCAGGACAAUUCAGUGAAGAUAUGAUUCCAACAGUUGGUUUUAAUAUGCGUAAAAUAACAAAAGGCAAUGUAACUAUAAAGGUUUGGGAUAUUGGAGGUCAACCAAGGUUUAGGUCUAUGUGGGAGAGAUAUUGCAGAGGAGUAAAUGCAAUAGUAUAUAUGGUAGAUGCAGCUGAUUCUGAAAAAAUUGAAGCAAGCCGCAAUGAACUACAUAAUUUAUUAGAUAAACCUCAAUUAUCUGGUAUACCAGUAUUGGUCCUAGGUAAUAAAAGGGACUUACCACAUGCUUUAGAUGAAAAUGGACUUAUAGAAAGAAUGAAUUUAUCAGCUAUUCAAGAUCGUGAAAUCUGUUGCUAUAGUAUUUCAUGCAAAGAAAAAGACAAUAUUGAUAUAACAUUGCAGUGGCUUAUAGCACAUUCUAGAAGUGGUGUUCGUUAAUACGUGUAACUAAUUUUAUGUUCUUACACAUCCUUAUCGAAAAGCCCAAGAUAUUGAUAGAAUGGGGAUCAAAUGUGCAAGGGAGUGUUCAGUAAUGAUUUUAUUCUGGAUUGAAUGAUUGAUUAUUGUAGACAAUUUUUUUAAAUCUAAGCUUUAGCUGUUAUCUGUUCAAUCAUAUAUAAAUUUAUAGAAAGUUCAAUGAAAAAAAACAAAGAAAUUUUGCUUAAACCAAAUAUGCUCAUGCAAAUGAUAACAAGACAUGUACAUCCUGCAAGCACCUUAGAAAUAAGUAACAAUUUUUUAUAUUGUGUUUUCAGAUAAUCAAUUUAAGUAACAGUGCUGUUAUUCUAACUUAAAUUCAUCAAGAAAAAAUAGCAUUUAAUCUAGAUACAAUGGUAGUUAGUAUGAAUACAAGCGCAAAAUAAUAUUAAUUAUCAUAUAGUACACACACAUUUUUGAAACUAUUUAAUUAAGAUUAAUACAUCACGGCAUAGAGAUUAUGAACAAUUGAUUGCUAUAUGUACACGAAUAUGAUGCUAAGUAAACUUGUAUAAUUAAUGGAGAAUUAUUAA